AUGGAGGAAGACUGGAGAAAGAUAUUUUCUUUUCCCGUAAGGUACGAUUUGGAUUUGUGGGGGAGUUUGAGGCAUCGUUUGCGUGGAGGAUUACGACAAUCUCGGCAUGAAGCAUAUUUUCGAGUAAAGCGACAUUCGGGUAUAAUUCUUCGAAAGGAAAAG